AUGGACCACGUCGCCGGCAGGCUCGCCGCGGCCUCCCUCUCCUCCGACGACCCCUCCGCCGCCGCUGCGGGGAGGGCCGGCGACGGGAACCUCCUCGACGUCAUACGCGCCGUCGAGCGCGCCGAGGGCACCAUCCGCGACCAGUUGGAAGAGAACAACCGCCUCAAGGACGAACUGAUGCGCAAGACGCGGCAGCUGCAGAUGAUUAGCGAGGACGCUACCUCCCAAGGUUCCUUCGGUGGAGUGAGUCAAGAACCCCACGCUUCUUCGACAAAUCCCCAGGGCACCUCUAUCCUCCAUCAGAACGGGCCUGACGGCGGCCAGGCUAAUGGAGCGUUUAGAAGAUCAUCAGGGGAACCAGCUGCUGUGGACAAUGGCGGACCGUCACAGUUCUCCACUCCGUCAUCUCGUUCACUUUCUCCCACCAGGCAUAGAAAAGGCGAUUAUGAUACGAGAAUCAACUUAGCUGGACAGGGGAUACUGCCUGUUUCACAGAUGAACUCAAACAUGUCCUGGAAGCAGGACCUUGCUGUUAAGGUCAAAGAGCGCGAAGAAGAGAUCGCACGGUUAAGAGAGCAUCUUGGUAAUUACGCAGUGAAGGUAGCAAAAAUACUCAAUGAGAAAUGUACGUUGGAAAAACGCAUUGCUUAUAUGCGCGCGGCAUUUGAUCAACAGCAACAAGACUUAGUUGACGCAGCAUCAAAGGCUUUAUCGUAUAGACAAGAUAUUGUUGAGGAAAAUGUCCGUCUAACACAUGCGUUGCAGGCAGCACAUCAAGAAAGAUCAACUUUCGUAUCUUCUUUGGUGCCUCUUCUGUCUGAAUAUGAAAAUCUACGACCGCCUGUCCUCGAUGCUCAGUCCAUUGUUAGUAAUUUGAAGGUUUUGUUUAGGCAUUUGCAGGAGCAACUUAUGAUUAGCGAGGAGAAAGUUCAGGAGUCACAGUACCAGAUUACCCCAUGGCAAACUGAAUUGCCAAAUAAGACCAGUCUUCCUGUACAGUCACCUAACGAUCGUCUUGGAAAAGCAUUGAGCAAAAACAGUCUUGAUAUCGUGCCCCAGACACCAUAUCCUCAUGUACAAUCUCCAAUGUCUUCCCCUGUUCAAGGUAGAGGCGAUUGGAGUGUAUUAGCAAACAAAAACCGUCAAGUAAUUCCAAGUGAGGUUCCUGCAAGAAAUAUUGGUCAUGAUUACAGAGAAAGGACCUCUCUUUCAAGCAUGUACAACCUUUUUAGGAACGACGUUUCUGCUGAAGCAUCUCAAUAUGAUUCUCAUGCUGUCCAGUUUGAUUUCGAUACCCAGAGCCAAAACCCACCAUUCAAGGGCCUUAGUAGAAGCGAUGUAUUGGAUGGUUCUGUGGGUGCUGAACCCCAACAUGUGCGAGAGACUUCUGCUCAAUGGGGUCCUGGAGACUCAUCUAAUUUAGCAUCUGGUCUUGAGGAAGCAAAUCCUUCAUAUCCCUAUCUUCCUACUGUUCCUGAGGAGCCUGGUUCCUCUUUAUCUGAAGCUGCAGAGGAUGAUCCAUUGCCAAGCAUAAAAGAACUUCGAAUUACUGGUGAAGCUUUUCCUGGGCGAGACCUUCAAGCAAAUGGGUUGUCCAUUGAUGGAACAACAAGUUGUAAUUUUGAGUGGGUGCGGCAUUUAGAAGAUGGCUCUGUAAGAUACAUAGAAGGAGCAAGGCAACCUAACUAUUUAGUUACUGCCGAUGAUGUGGACACUUUACUAGUCAUUGAAGUUCAACCCCUAGAUGACAGAAAAAGAAAGGGUGAGGUUGUCAAGGUUUAUGCUAACGACCAAUCAAAAAUUACUUGCGGUGAGUAUUGA